GGACCAAAUAGAUACCAAAUAAAGAGAUCUUCGUGCUCUACCCGGCCACGGCUCUGCGUGGCGAUUGAUCUUUACAAGUCAAGACCUGUUCAACACGGUUAGACCUCCUCAAGCUCAGUGUAGUUACGGUACUUUCCGCAGCUAGGAGUGGGUUUCUUGGACGCGAGAUAGAAGGCAAUAACAAGACUCAUAUGUCAGAGGUAUUAAUCGCUGCUUGCUGUGAUGUGUGCUUGAUAGCGUGCACCGGUUUCUGCUACGACUUCGCUUCUCUUCGUCAUAAUUUUACGGAGAAGUUGUGCUCCUGUUCGUGUUGUAGGAGCCAGGAAGGAAAUAUCCGACUACCUGCAGAUGACUCUCAAGCCAUUCUCGUCGAUAAUCAGCCCAAACCGCAUCCGUCGAUGCAUGAUGCCCCAGAAUCCACUUAGCUCUACGGCCGAUUCACUUCUUAUCGAGCCUCAUAAGCCGACGGCAUGGUUGGUGACAUACCUACGUGAACGAUUUAUUGUUUCACGCAUUGAUAUCUCUAUUAUACGGACGUUCUGGAUGCACUAUGUAUCAUAUAUCUCCAGGUACACCAUAUCUACGUUUCUAGGUACUAUUGUAAUCUUGUACGCUUACACGUCAUUCUGUAUUCUGUGUUCAAUGUAUGUUCUUUGUACGGUGCCUUUGAAUGACUCCUUUAUGGCUGUCCGGGGCCGGAUCCCCGGCCUGUCAGCAGCCCCCUCUUCCCCGACCCUUGCUUGCGCUUGUACCAUCAUCUCUUUCAAACGUUGUUCUUUGAAGAGCUAACAAAUCCUUCUAUCUUUACACUUGAUGUUUGACGACGACAUCGAGUAUAUCGGGUCCUCGCAUCGGGAACGCAGCGCCGACAUCCAAAUGACAGGGUCCUCAAGAGCAUUAACUGGGUUCGCUCUCAAUGUCGAGGGCGCUGCGACGGAAUUCAAGCGUCGGAUGGUCUUUGGCAACCUUGAGGACCUCAAAGCCGAUGGCAACCGGGUGAUCGUCGUUGGGCGAAGUCCUCCUCCUUCAGGGUCUACAGGAGGAUCAUGGUUUCAACGCAAUGGCGUUGGCAAUGCCAUGUUCCGAUGUCCUGUUGUGAGUCGAAAGCAUGCAAAGUUUCACUUCGAACAGGAUAACAAAUUGUUUGUAACAGAUACCAAUUCCCAUCACGGAACACAUAUUCGCAGACAUGGAAGCCUCACCUCGACCAUGCUCAAGCCUGAAACUCCUACACAGCUAUUUGAUGGUGAUGUAAUUACCUUUGGCAAGACAGUCGGCAGGAACGGGGAGCUUGUGAGGCCAGUCGUUGUACGACUUGAACUUCUGCUGAAAGAAAGGCCCGUAAACCCUCAAAGGCAUGCCAAUACAUCAUUCCUUCUGGCGGACGACAGUAACGACACUCCAAGCACCAGCCCCAAGAGCACUUCUUCCGGGCGCUAUGGUGUAUUCUGUUCCUCGUCCUCUUCUUCCGAGCAUUCGUCAGAUGAGAUGGAGAUAUCUUCCAGCGGGGAGCAAUCUGAGGCUGAAGAGGCUCUGCCCCCUUCAAUCGCUCUACCUCCGACAUCAAUCGUCGGAAAGGCAACAGGAGCGAUCAAGAGGUUGAUGGAUGGUGGAACUCUCCCCUCCAUUACUUAUGUCCAAGGUGGACACACCAACAAACCUCAAGGUCCUCCGCCUCCACUUACCCGUCCCCCAUCACAACCACCCGCCUUUGUUUUUGGUUCUCCGGCAACUCAGGCCGCAGGAUCUAAUUUCACCUUCAGCGUACCUUCCUUCUUCAGUUCUACGCCUCCUACUGCAGAAGGCGAGUCACGACCGCAAGCGGAACCAUAUUCCUUUGGAUGUCGACUGCCGCCUCUAUGGUUCCAAAGUGACACUCCGGGCUCUUCCAACGCCAAUCCACCCUCUCCUCCUAUUGUCAGUUGGAAUGAAAGUGGCAUCAUGAACAGCGCAAAUGACUCGCCAUCCGCCCGAUUUCGUCCCCUCGGUCGUAUGCAGAAUUCAUCAGAGUUUAAGAGUUUCUUCUCACUAAAGGGAUUCUCUUCCUCUGCACUUAGAGUUCGAGAGUCGAUAUUGAACUCCAAGGCAACGUCGGCAAUGUCGGCGAUGGACUUGUCCACGCCUUCGCCACCUCCCUUAGCUACUGACGCCAACGAUUUGGAGAAGGAAGCAAGCAGUCGUUCGUCAAGUGAGGAGUCACAGUCAUCCUCAACCUCCGAGAAGGACAAUCACGCAAGCGAAUCCAUUCAGUGCGCGCAACAGAGGGACGCGGAUGACAGCCCUACCUUUCCUCCACCAACAUCGUAUGAAGAUAGUCCUCAUGAUGCUCAUGAUCUUUGGAAUGCCGCGCAUCCGUAUACUCCCCUUCCUAGAAUACCAGCAGGGUGGGGGGCCGGUUUCGACCCUUGGGGAAACAUCGAGGAAUCUCUACCUUCCCCUACUCCCGAAACGGAUCCUGUCACUGAAGAUGGUGUCGAUGCUUGCGGCGGAGAAGAGACAAAGGGAAGAGAGGAGGUUGUGGUUGUGGAUGAAGAAACAGGAUUUGAUAAUGAUGAGGACGAACAGGAAGAACAGGAAGAACCAGAGGCAGCUGAUGAGGACGUUCAGGAUGAAGCGAGGAAUUCCAUCGAGUCGAACGAUGCAGAGGAGAUUCAGAAACUGAAUGCAUCCCUUGACAAGUUUAGCGCCGAGACCAAUGUCAUGUUAUCUGGCAUCGACCGACAAAUGGAUAGGUUCGACCGAGAGCUCAAGGACAUUUCAAAGGCGAAGGUCGAUAAUUUCACCCGGUUGGACAAUAAGGUUAAUGACGUUGCGAUGUCCGUCGACGCGUUGAGCGCCGAUGUGACUGACGUUAAGGCGACGUGUAACGAACUGGAGACAUCGGUGUCGUUGUUACGCGUGAUGGGUGACAGCUAUCCGAUCAUGGUCAACGACGUGAAGAUGGAUGUGGAUGAGAUGCAGUCAAGAGUUGUGCAAAUAGAGGAUCGGAUGGAUGAGGAACAGUGGGCCCAUGACGGUGCCUGGGAAAUCCUAAGAGAACGAGCUGAUGAAGGUAAUAGACUGGUGAAGGAUUUGAAAGAUAUGUUUAAUGAGAUGCAUUCUUCCCGUGAAUCUCAUCGGAGAGAGAUGAAGGAAGCCCGUACAGACCUUGAGCGUGAAAUACGAUAUGUCAGUGAGAUUAAGGAGAGGAUGGAGCGGGCUGAACUGGAGAUGAAGGCCAAGGUAGCAACAGCAGCAGUCGUACACGAUGCUGACAGUAUCAUGGCAACACUACCACCUUCUCCACUUCCACCCACUCAAACACGAACGGUAAUAUCCCUCAAACGCAAGUACGGCGAGGAUGAGAACGAUACUGAGAUUGAGAGCAGCGUUAGGAAGUGGAAAGCACUUGAAGUGUUGGGUGGUACGAACGUCGAUGGUGUCAAGCCUUCUACUAUCACCGGUUUUAUCGAUGAUUUCCCGGAACCCACCACCCAUAUUCCUGUUCCUGAUUCGUCCACACACCCGACGACGACGUUGACACCUGCUGCCGGUGGUGUUCAAGUGCCUUGUCGUAAACGGUCGCGGGUCGUCAUCCGUUUAGCUCAGACUGCCACUGCCAUCACGGUUGGAGCUGUGGUUACUUGGACGGCGUUGGCGUUUACUUGAACUGGUUUAUGUUUCUGUGAAAUUGUUAGAUGUGAGAGAUGUAAGUGGAAGUGUCAUUCAUCAUGUUGAAACAAGUAUUUGUAUUUAGGUGAGGGUAUACUCCGGUUUAUCUUUUACACCUCAUCUAUCCCUCUACUACCCAGGCGAACAUUGUACGAAAUGUAAUGUUAUGUAUGUGUACUUGUACUAGGAGCAUAUGCAUGUGUCGAUUUCAUGUACUUUUCAAUUCAAAUUCUACUUUUCCCAAA